AUGACUUCUCUUUUAUUGUUGAUAUUCUCUUUUUCACUAAUUUGCUUCCAUGGAAAGUCUCAAUCUGUCAAGUACCAAGAACCUGAAUUUGAAUGUGUUGAUAUCUACAAUCAACCUUCGCUACAUCACCCUCGGUUACAAAAUCAUCAAAUCCAAAAGACACCGAGUGACGAAGUCUUAGCCAUGUUAUCAAGAGAAACGACAUCACAAAACUUAUUGAACGAUGAAGCGAUUGCAGAAUUCGAUAUACCGGAAAAAGGUUGUCCUAAAGGACAAGUACCAAUCCAUAAACCUAGAAACUUUAACUACACGGCAAAACCUUUCCAUUCUAUUUCUAAUGGCAACAGAACUAUUGGUCAGCAUGUUGCGGGAAUUCGGAAAAUAGAGGCCAUCCCAUGGCGUGGAGCAUCAGCAUGGAUCAGUGUUUAUCAGCCUAAAGUGCAUAAGGGACAAUUUAGCAUGGCUUUGAUUGGACUCAAAACCGAGAAUAAUUGCAAACUCAACACCAUCCAAUUUGGUUGGGCCGUGGAUCCUGGAUUAUAUGGAGACAAUCUUCCAAGACUUACUACAUAUUGGAGUCCGAAUAAGCUUCACGACGGAUGCUUCAAUGUAUUAUGCAAAGGUUUUGUUCAAGUCGAUAAAAGAUUAUUUCUUGGUGCUCCCUUUAGUAAUAUAUCAGUGUUGGGAGGCGCACAAUUUCACACCUUCCUUGCUAUCAAUCAGUAUGUGACAACAGAUUAUAAGAAUGUUGACAUUGAUUCCAACAAGGUCGGAGAGGAUAUUGAUAUCCGUAAAUGUUACAAUGUGAACUAUCUUGACAAUUUUGGAACUAACCAGCAGACUUUCACCUUCGGUGGACCAGGUGGUCUGUGUGACGUGUGA